CCCAGCUCCACCCUGCAGGAAGUGUGUAACUCGCUCCGGCCCCUCACCCUCAGGCCUGGCCCUCCUCUAGCACCUUCAACCGAAGAACAAAAAUUUCCCCAAGGGUCCGUGAGUGGGGGUGGGCCAGCUGGGACAAUGAUACGAAAUCUCAUACACUGCAGAGCACUCCUCAGGGCUACGGUGAGAUACCUGCAGAGCAUUGCAGCUGCCCAGUGCUGAGCAUGGCUGGAGUGCUCUGCAAGUUUGCAGGAUACCGCAGAGCAAUGUGCCCGGGAAGAUCUACAUAAUAAUUUGUAGACUUUUAGAUGCUUACAGUAUUGGCAUUAUCUUGCAAGACAGCCCCAAUUUCUGUUCUUUGUUUACACCAGCUGGCAAAGCAUCAUGGGAGUUGUAGUUAUGCAGCAGUUGUGGAUCUACCUUUUGGCCACCUCCUGCUUUAUCCCAAGCAGGACAAGUGCAUCCUUUUGGCUCUUGUUGGGUUGCAAGACCUAUCACUCACAGCCAGUCUUUGGUUGACUCGGGAUGAUGGGAGUUGUACUCCAGCAAAGCACAGAAGGCUGCAUUUGCCCACCCUUAGUUAACUGAGCAAGCAGAGACUUGUAGCACCACCUUCUUUGAGACCUGAGAGGACUGUGAUGGUGCUUUAAGCCUUGUGUUGCCAGACCCACCAUAUUGUUAUCCCUUGUGUUGAUGGGCAGAGCUGCAAUGCAGGAUGUGGAAAUAGCUGGAAAACCACGGUGGACCUGGCAACUCUAUUAACAGCUGCUGCAGCGUAAUGUAACCAUGCCAUAGAGUACAGUAUGAGGGUGUGCUUUGAGUUAUUGUGAUAUACAGACCUCUUUCUAAUUCAGUGUUUCCCUUGUAGCCCUGCUCUAAUGCUGCAUUUGCCAUUUAUGGUCCCUAUAGCCCUACUCUAACUUUAUAUUUGCCGUACAUUGUGGUCCCUAUAGCCCUACUCUAGUCCUGCCUUUGCAUGGUAUUACAGUCCCAUCAACCUUGUUCUAAUACUACCUUUGCAUUGCAUUACAGUCCCUGUAGUCCUGCUCUGUGAGUUUGCAAUGCAUUAUGGUCCCUGUAAUCCUGCUUUAGGUCUGGCUUUGCAGUGCAUUAUGGUCCCCGUAGUCCUGCUCUAACAGUGGGUUUGCAGUGCAUUAUGGUCCCUGUAGUCCUGCUUUAGGUCUGGCUUUUCAAUGCAUUAUGGUCCGUGCUUUAGUUCUGGCUUUGCAGUGCAUUAUGGCCCCUGUAGCCUUGCUUUAGGUUUGGCUUUGCGGUGCAUUAUGGUCCUUGUAGUCCUGCUCUAACAGUGGAUUUCUGUGCAUUAUGGUCCCUGUAGCCUUGCUUUAGUUCUGGUUUUGCACUGCAUUAUGGUCCUCAUAGUCCUGCUCUAACAGUGGGUUUCGAUGCAUUAUGGUCCCUGUAGCCUGUUUUAGUUCUGGCUUUGCAGUGCAUUAUGGUCCCUGUAGCCUGAUUUUAUAUUUCCUGUGCAUUAUGGUGAUUCACCAUUAUUUUGGGUUUGGGAUUCAUUGUGUUUCUCAUACUUUAAUUUAUACUCUUGCUCCCCAGCUGCCCUCACCCCCUCUACGCAGGUACUAUGUCCCCUCGCCCCUUCCUCACCAGCCUGUCCCCAAUCUGUCUAAGAUCCUGUCUCGAUACCUGCGCUCCCUCCAGCCGUUGGUUACGGAGGAAGAGAUGGAGAGCACACAAGAACUGAUGCAGGAAUUUCUACGCCCAAGGGGACAGGCAGAGGAACUAGAGCGACAACUACAGCGGAGGGCAGAACGCACUGAUAACUGGGUGAGACCAUAGGAGCUAGCAGUCUAACACAUACGCAGGCCAACCCAUGCACAAUGUAAUAAAAUAUUUGUAUCCUUAUACUUUAAUUCCUUGCUCUCUGUGUUCCAUUUUCUCCUGGUUUUUUUCUCACCAUCGUUCCUCUGCUCCUUAGCUGACAGACUGGAGGCAGCAGGCUAUAUACCUUGAAAACCACCUGCCCCUUCCUGUGCAUUCCAGCCCGGCUGUCAUUCUCCCCCAAAGAGAAUACAAAGACUGGAGAGGACAGCUAAGGUACCUCAUUCCUGAAACUCGUUAGAAAUCCCGGGGCGAUGAUGUGUAACCAGAAACUAAGACUUUGUCUGGUACCCUCAGAUAGAUUACUCACAGUAAUAGGUUUACAAGCAAUCAAGGUCUUUCAGCAUCUCUCUGUGUCAUGAAUUGUCAGCCUUCAGGCUCAGCAUCCAUAAAACCCCCAUACUCCUCCACCAGCCAUGGCAAGAGUUCAGAAAUUAUAUAUAUAAUGGGUCUAUUCACUAAAUGGGGAAUUAUGCAGUAAUAAGACAAAAUUAACUAAAUUAAAUAUAGUGUAGUGGGAGAAUUUCUUCAGUUUUGCUAUUUUUACUUUUAGAGGAACACUAUAGCGUUGGGGAUACAAACAAAUAUUGCAAAUGCAAUCGCGUCCUACUAACUAUGUAGAUAUCCUGCCACCUCCCUUCCUCGGCUGACAUCAUCAAUCCAGUGCUUUCCCAUAGAGAAGCAUUGGGAGGCUAGUGUGCAUGCGCGGCAAAUUGCCACAUUAUAGCAAUCGCAUGCUUUUUAGGAGCAGCAUUUGACUGCGAGCCGAGUCUGACUGACUUAUCACAGGGAAUCUCUCUAGUGGCAGUCAGGAAGACAGACGCUAGAGGUGUGUUUAACUCUGCAAUUUAUAAUGUUGCUGUAUAUGCUAAACAGCAAUGUGUUAAAACUAAAGGGGCUACUGCACCCUAACCACUUAAUCUCAUCAAAAACUUUAAUUAAUUCUCAACAUUUCUCAGUUAAGUGAGCUGACAGUCAAAUGACAAAAUUUGGGAAGAAACGUCCAACUUUGCUGCUGUGAUCCUACAGUAUAUCUGCCUGUUUAGUGAACAGUCCUGGAAAUAUAUAGCAUUUAAUAAAAUUGUUACAUUUCUGUGUCAAAACAAGUCACGCAACUUAUUUUUGUGUGUGUGUGACAUCGACCUACCUGUGUGUUUAACUGUCUGAGUGCUUGCAGGUUAAGCUAAACAAGACUUAGGGUUAAUAACUCAUCUUCAAACUGUAGUGAAUUAAAAUCCAAAUUACAAAAUGUGGGGUGAAUUACCCAACGUAAAUCUAAAUAGGAGAAUUUUUCCUGGUCACCUCUUUUACCCAGAAUUUUAUGAUUCAAAUUUUUAGUUUGUUGCAUUAAUGAUUUUAGUGAAUAAACUUCAUUUUUAUUUAUUUUUUCAAUUCUUUAUUUAACAUUGAGCAUUGACAUAACAUCCUGACUUACAGAGAUAGCAAUCGCAUCAGUGACAGACAUCGCUUUUAUACCCCAUGCUAAACCCAAUAUUCCCACGUGUGGAGAUCGCCUCUCCUCUCCCAUAUCCCACUGUGCAUAGCUCCGAGUCUGCGGAUUGAAUGUGUGUCCUUCUGGUUCUCUAUCUCUCGCUUUCCUUGCCAAUGCCAUUUUUCUUAUUUUAAACCGAACUCAAAACAAACAGACAGAAAAGAAAAGCUUUGUCUCCAUCUCCCUAAUAUUAAAUCAUUCCGCUCCGCCCGGUCCACUGGCCCUCCAUCGCUAUCCCUCCCUCCCGUCAACUCCCCCCAGCAGGACAGCUCAAUAGUUGGCUAAACCCCAUUAGUGGUCCUUCCUCUAUGUCCAUGGCAACCCCUUAGUUGGUAUUGUGGUAUUCUCUUCUGCUAGCGGGCUAUCCAUAUCGCAUAUAAACUUAAUUUUUUAUUCAAAACUGAGAAGGAGUCUCUAAACCAUGAAUUGUUAGGAAUCACCAGAAAGGUAAAAUAGCCCAAUUGGAUACAUUCUUCAUGUCACUUUUUUUUUUUUUAGCAAUUCCUUUGUGAGUUUUCAAUAGUUCAUGUUUUUUUUGUUUUUUUAAUAACUGUGUGGCUACUUUUCUGUCUUCCUCAGUGGGAUAGGCCUUUGAUAGUUGUUGUUGGGUUACCAUUCACUAUCAGUAAUCAAAACUUGUUGUUGCUUUUUAGGUUUGCGGCAAAAUUAAUUUCUGGUGUUCUGGAUUUCAAAGCGAAGGUUGAGAGGUGUGUUUCUUUUUCUUGUUUAUCAUGCCGGUAGCUUUCUCUUUAUUUUUCAUCUCAUCCAUGUCUUCUUUUCAUGACUCAGCCCCGAAGGACUCCCAGAGCUAUGGAGAGGCCGCAAUCUUUGUCAAGACCAGUAUCACAAUUUCUUUGGAUCAUGCAGGGAACCGGGGUACAAGAGAGACCGUGUCUUGCUGCAGCCUCGUCACAAGGCCGGUCCUCAUCAUGUGACAGUCUGCAGAAACUACCAGGUCACACAGAGCUCUCCAGUUUUCUCUCUGAGAGUGCCCCACUAGACUACAAUCCCCAGCUGUCUCUCAUAGAAUUCCCCACUAUAUCACACUUGCUGUGUCACUUUCCACCUUGACCAUGUCCAUGUACUGUGUCACUCUCCACCAUGACUCUGUCUGUGUCACUCUCAACUUUGACUCUCUCCAUGGCUGUCUCAAUCUCCACUCUUACUGUCUCGGAGCAUCUUGCUCUUCUGUAUCUGUUGUCACUUUAGCUGUUUCUAUGGUUCUCACUUUUCACUUUGAAUGUCUCCAGGGGUUUGUCACUCUCUAGCCAUGACUGUCUCUUAGAGGAGCACUAUUUCCAUGGCUCUGUCAUUCUCCACCUUGGCGGCCUCCAAGACUGUCUCACUCUCCAUCUUGACUGUCUCCAUUGCUCCAUCAUUCUCCACCUUCACUGUCUACGGCUCUGUUGCUUGUCCCCUUACUGUGUGUCCGCAUUUGUGUCGCUUUGUAUCUUGAUUAUGUACAGGUUUAUAUAAGUUUCUGUUUAGAAUGUUUUCAGGUGGGAUGUUGUCCACCAUGACCCUGCGGAUCUCCAUAUAAUGUAUUAUUCUUCUAACAAACUUUCAUCUCACAUUUCACAUAACCCUACACGCCUCUCUCAUUCUCCAUCAUCAUCCUCCACACAGCCCCCUUCUCCUACUACCCCAUUCCUCCUACACAUAUCUACCAAGUCACAUUACCCUCCUCCUACACACAUCUACCAAGUCGCAUUACCCUCCUCCUACACACAUCUACCAAGUCGCAUUACCCUCCUCCUACACACAUCUACCAAGUCGCAUUACCCUCCUCCUACACACAUCUACCAAGUCGCAUUAUCCUCCUCCUACACACAUCUACCAAGUCGCAUUACCCUCCUCCUACACACAUUUCCAUUUAACUUCACUGUACUCCUCCUCUAUACCUCAGGCUCCCCAAGUAGCCUCAUACACCAUGCUCCAUUCUCUUACUUCCCCCAUCCUUCUCAUACACCUACCCUCCUCCUACACACAUCUACCAAGUCGCAUUACCCUCCUCCUACACACAUCUACCAAGUCGCAUUACCCUCCUCCUACACACAUCUACCAAGUCGCAUUACCCUCCUCCUACACACAUCUACCAAGUCGUAUUAUCCUCCUCCUACACACAUCUACCAAGUUGCAUUACCCUCCUCCUACACACAUCUACCAAGUCGCAUUACCCUCCUCCUACACACAUCUACCAAGUUGCAUUACCCUCCUCCUACACACAUUUCCAUUUAACUUCACUGUACUCCUCCUCCAUACCUCAGGCUCCCCAAGUAGCCUCAUACACCAUGCUCCAUUCUCUUACUUCCCCCAUCCUUCUCAUACACCUCUCUCCUUCUCUUGCUCUCUCUAUUUCUCACCAUCCACCUUCCAUCCAGCUGCUCCUUCUACCUCUUUUUUACACCACUCUCCCAUUGUGCACUACGUCCUCUCCAUUUAACGCCACCUCUGUCCCCUCAAAGACAGUGAUCUCAUUUUUCUACUUUCCCCCACAUCCAUGUUGUUCCUAUAGUUCUUCCAGUUGGACGUAUAUAAUAGUGAUGGAACGCCACUCACUGAGGACCAAAUAUACCAGCAAAUGGUCUUCCUACGAGAACACUCUUAUAAGACCGACAAAGAACCUGUGGGGGUGCUGACCACAGACCACCGUAACAGCUGGGGAAGAGCGUAUUCCUCCCUCAUCCGAGGUAAUUAUGAUUGAGGGUCAAUACUGGAAUAGAAGGUUGAGGCCUCAAAGUAGAUAAUGUGUUUACCAUUGUGCUCAUGUCUGGGAGUAGCAGAGGGAGCAGCACCGUACGGAGAUCUAGUGAGUACAGCUGUAUUGUGGGUCCGUAUUAGACAAAGUACGAAGCUGAUCUCAGUAGAAAUGAAUGGAUGUGAUAUACGCCCACAACGCAGAGCAUAUACUGUGUCCACUCUCUCUACAGACCGGUUGAACAGGGAGUCUGUGCACAGUAUCCAGCAGAGCAUCCUGACACUGUGCCUCGAUGCCACGGCACUGAAGUACUCCGAGGGUCUGUACAGCAGCCGCACUGCCGCUCAGAUGCUGCAUGGAGGAGGGAGUCAUGCCAAUAGCGGGAAUCGCUGGUUUGACAAGACCCUGCAGGUGCUUAGAUAUUCCAUUACCUAGCCAAACCUGCUAACCCUCUCAACCCACUAUAUUUUACCUCUGCCUUGCUAACCUGUCACUGUAUUGUAUGUGUGUCACUCCACUAACUCCUCACCGCUACACUAACUCCUUCCUGCACCAAUACCUCCCUGCAUCACAGUGACACUGAGUAUGACCCCCUGCAGUUCGUGGUGGGGGAGGAUGGGACGUGUGGUCUGAUAUAUGACCAGGCGACAGCUGAUGCCUCGGCGGUCCUGACGAUGCUACGCCAUGUCUUGGAGUACUGGUAUGUGAGUACCCAGGCUUGCAGUGAAUAUUGAAUGAUUACUGUUUUUACUAACUGAUCAGCAGCACUUUCUGUAUAUAUCAUUGGUAAACUAAAAUAUUUAUAAAGUUAAUUGUGUAGGUUUGGUUCAUGCUCAGUCCAUGUAGUUGCUGUAGGGUUAGUACAUGCUCAGUUCGUGUAGUCGCUGUAGGUUUGGUUCAUGCUCAGUCCAUGUAGUUGCUGUAGGGUUAGUACAUGCUCAGUUCGUGUAGUCGCUGUAGGUUUGGUUCAUGCUCAGUCCAUGUAGUUGCUGUAUGGUUAAUACAUGCUCCAUUUGUGUAGUCGCUGUAUGGUUGGUUUAUGCUUAGUUCGUGUAGGCGCUGUAGGGUUGGUUUAUGCUCAGUUCGUGUAGUCGCUGUAUGGUUGGUUUAUGCUUAGUUCGUGUAGUCGCUGUAGGGUUGGUUUAUGCUCAGCCCGUGUAGUCGCUGUAGGGUUGGUUUAUACUCAGCCCAUGUAGUUGCUGUAGGUUUGGUUUAUGCUCAGCCCGUGUAGUUGCUGUAGGGUUAGUUUAAGCUGUAACCGUGUGUGGUUCCCUUAUUUACCACUAUAAUGUCUUAAAGCAUAGAACUUAGUAGGGCUAACCAUACAGAUAUCUUAGCCAUAAUUUUAUAUAGUGUAAGAGAUCCUCUAUUUAACAUAUAUAAAUAAUUGAGAAUACAAUAUAAAAUAAGGAUUGUCUUGGAAGCAAGAUUGUCUUUUUGGAUAUUUAAUAUAUAAAAAUAUAAAAUCCAUUAUAGCAGAGUUUAAAAGAUUAAAUUACAUGCUUGCAAAUAUCAUUAAUAGGUUAACAUACCCUUCUGAACAUGUCAUCAUGUCAGCCUCUCUGUCAUUUUAAGAUGGAGCAGCGUCUGUCUCCAAGUCUCUCCUCUGUGUCUUAACAUUUUAAAAGUACACCUAUUUAUACCUUAGGUGUCUCCAUUUUAGGUUACUGUAGUUCAAAUAUGAAAAAGUAACACUUCUUUUACUUUAUUCAAUUUAGGACCUCCCUUAACUUGGCAAACAUACAAGGCCAUAACUAAAGGGUGUAUACGUCAUGGAAAUUUUCCUGACUUAGUUCAAGAUGGCAUCUUAAAGUCUGGAUAGGUUAUCUGUUGUUUAUACUAAGUCGUAAGUGUACAGUCGUGGGAGAUUCCCGGAUUUGGGGAAGUUCCAUUAACUUGGGGUUACCACAGUAUAUUGUGUACUGCAAGAGUCGUAGCAAAGCCUUGAAGCUUGUUUAUGCAUUAUUGUUAUUGUAAUUCGUCUGGGACAAAAUGUCGCAAACAUAUUAUGCACUGAGGUUAUUGCUUAAAGAAACAGUUAUGAAAAACAAUGUUCCAUGUCUAACACCUUGUCAGUUUGCAAUAUCUCUUAAAGACAAAGUACACAGUUUAAGAAAUACAACAUUUCAUUCUAAAACUUGUAAUAUUUGCAUUUGCCCGUAACAAAGCUCAGUUCGUUUAGUCGCUGUAGGGUUGGUUCAUGCUCAGUCCGUGAAGUCGCUGUAGGGUUGGCCCAUGCUCAGUCUAUGUAGUCGCUGUAGGGUUAGUAUGUGCUCAGUCCAUGUAGCCGCUGUAGGGUUGGUUCAUGCUCAGUCUUUGUAGUCAAUGGAGGUGUUGAUUCAUGCUCAGCCUGUGUAAUCGCUGUAGGGUUGGUUCAUGCUCAGUCCAUGUAGUUGCUGUAGGGUUGGUUCAUGCUCAGACCGUGUAGUUGCUGUAGGGUUAGUAUGUGCUCAGUCCAUGUAGCCGCUGUAGGUUUUCAUGUUCGUGAUUAAUACCUGUUCCUGUGUAGCAGGGCUGUGUUCUGACUACAACACCUUUCCAGUUCUAGGGGCCCGACCCUGGUACCACCACGAACACCCCUGAUCCGCCUCCCACCUCCAAGGAAACUCUAUUUCAGUUUCCCUCCUGACAUCAAGCAGCACAUAGAGCAGGCCAAGCAGAACCUGGACAUGUGAGUGCAAAUGGUUUCAGGAUGAGGGUGAGGACAGAGACGAACCAGCGGAGAUGGGAGAGUGGGUUAAUGGAAAGCACAAUCAAAACAAUAGCAGGCAGAUAAAAAUAAAGGAGUAAAGUAGCGGGUAUAUGUAAAGAGAGCAUUCAUGAACCAGUAGUGAGUGUUCAGUCCUGCAAUGGGCUAGCGGCUAGCCCAAAGGAUUAUCUUAUGUUAAUCAAUAGUAAAAUGGGAUAUGUAUGGUUACAGUGUUGGGAUGGGAUUUGUCUGCUAUUGUAGAAUUAUGGCAGGGCUGGCAGUGACAAGGAAUGGUUAGCUCUUACGAUGAUUGGUUUGACUAGUACCGUACAGAGUGGGGUCUUAGUCUCAGUAAUGAAGCAAUAAAUAAACAUGUUUCAUUCAUUUGUUCUGUCUCCUUUCCCUUUACAGAUUGGUCAAUGAUCUGGACAUUUGCUGUUUCACCUUUCCUGAUUUUGGAAAAAGGUUUCCUCGGAAACACAGCUUGAGACCUGGGGCCUUUUUGCAGAUCUGCCUCCAGCUGGGGUAUUACAGGUAAAUACAGUGGUUAUAUGCAAACUGCUAAAGGGGAGGUUAAAUGGGGCUCAUACAGCUACCAUGGAUGGUAGCUGUAGGAGCCCCUGUCCAAAGGUAUCCUAGAACAUUGUAUUUAGUACAAAGAGAUCUACGGUGAGCUCUGCUAAACUGCUAGACAUCAAGGCAUUGGCUGUCCAGUCAUAAUAUAAUAAUUCUAUGGAAAUGAGGGCUGAUUUUAGACCUCCUGGUGAAGAUUGUCCGAGAAGGUCAGGAAUGAGUGGUCAAAUACUUGCAGUGAGUUUGAAAUUCUUCCAGUAGGUUUGUUGGCCAGAUGUUGAGGAUUCUUUUGAGAUCUUUAUUCUGUCCCUCAGGUUACACGGAGAUCUCUGUGCUACAUGUGAGGUGGUCUCAAUGCGAUCCUUUCAUCGGGGGCGAUCAGAUGUCGUGCGCUGUACUUCUCCAGAGAUUUUGGAAUUUGUAAAAGCUGCAGAUGACCCAAGUAAAAAGGUAUGUCACACAUAAGGUUGUUAAAUAGUAGCUGAAAGAUCUUAGGAUGCUGAUAUCUUGGUUUCAUGGUAGGGAUAUUUAAAGAGAUAGUGGCAAUCUGCACGUUAUAUAAAGGUCCACUUGAUUUGCUUGUGGGUUGAGCACAGCAAAGAUUUUCAAGCUUUAUAAGCAGGCGUUCUGAAGGAUAACUUCACUAUUCUUUACCAAAAAGCUGCUAAACUUGUUUUUAUUUUUUUUAUUUUUUUCUUAAAGGGAUACUGCAGUGCCAGAAAUACAAAGCUGUAUUCCUGGCACUAUAGCUCCUUCUGUCUCCCCCCUCCCUCUCGCGCCCCCAACCUGCUAAAUAAAAGGUUAAAAAUCCAUUAUUUACUUACCUUAUCCCAGUGCCGAUGUCCCUCAGCACUGGGAUGAUGCUCCGACGUCCCACGAUGAGCGGUUGCUAAUGUGCAGGCGCAGCAAAUGCCGCGCACGCGUUAGACCUCCCUAUAGGAAAGCAUUGAAUCAAUGCAGAGCGUGAGGACAUCCAGUGUCAGAUACCGGACCAAAGGUCCUUUUCAAUCCAUGAAGCGCCUCAAUUGGCUGUCUGGUAGACCGUAACUGCGGGCAGACUUGGUGCUGCAAUGUAAUGAUUGCAGUUUCUUUGGAACGGCAAUGUUUUACAUUGCAGAAUUAGGUGCAAAAGAGAGUUGAAGUGGUGAGUUGAAGUGGUCUGGGUGCCUACAGUGUCCCUUUAAUAAAAAUAAAAAAUUGAGAUAUCUGCAAAUACUGCAUAUGCAGUGUAUACGAUUUUAAAGUGUUUGUAACAUAACAGUGAGCCUUGCAAAGACUUCUCAUUGAGCUGCAUUGGAAAGCCCGUGAUUGGACAGCCACAGAAAGUCUGGGCGGGGUUAGAAGGGGAGGGAUUGCAAAGGCAGCAGAUAAGAAAUAUGAGAAAUGCAGCUUCUGCAAGCUGUUUUUAGAUAAACCCCCCCAAUGGAAAAAAAUGUAUAAUUAAAUGCCUACAAGCUUUUGUUUUAGGGUAUAUUUACUAAACAGUGAUUUUUAUUUACUUUCUAUUUGAGCGGUGGAGUGUUACUUUAAGAACUUUCUCACUGUUUACAUAGUUAAUAAUGGUGAAAUCCUGAACUCCUGCGCUCCAGCAUCCAGGAAACCUGUAAAGGCUUACUGUAAUAAGCAAUCCUUUAUCUGUCAUUUAAUAUUCAGUCUGCCUGUAUGUAUUUACACCUUCUGUAUCAUCCGGUUCCAUUGUCCUUCUAAUUUAUGUUGGAUCAACUCUCCGCUAAUGUACAAGCAGCCAGUAGGUGGUGCGGAUCCUGGUAAUAUUAUAAUAUUCACUAUAGUAAACAUUAUACAGUCAUUUCUCUGUUACAAGAUACUGGUAUAGUGAAGCCUUUAUCCAGUUAAAGUAUUAAAAAUGAACUUCCAUUAAGCAAAGAAAAAUGAAUAUGAAAUCCAACGGGAUACGAUUACCCAUUUAACGGCCACAGAAAAUGUAACUCAAAUAUUUGUUUCUCUAUAGAUGCCAAAAGGAGUUUAAAUGUGGCACUAUGGAGUCAGACUGCGGUAGGAAUUCUGCAUGGAUAAUAAAUGUAAAGCAUGGUUCUGCUAUGUUUGGAUAUUGAAUAUUACGCUGUGCUCGGCUAUUCUGUGUUUUGUUGGGUAUUAUGCGUAUAUGGAUUGGCUGUAAAGUGAUUUCAAGGUACAUGGGACAGGUGUAGCGUUAUCCCGGACAGAAAUAUCCAGAUUAGAUUGAUCUGCAGUUUUUGUUUUUUUCUCUGCCAUUCUAGCGCUGUGUAUGUGGACUGUGCCGUUACCCACAUUCAGACCCAUGUUUGGGGUAAUUCCUUUUUUUGCAAUUGUGAUUAGAUAUGUAACACUUUCUGAUGAUGGACAAGUGCGAAGAGCACCUGGAAAUGAAAGCUUGUUAUGGUUGCUGGGGGCAGAAUGAACUGAAUUGUUUCCGCAUCCAUUAACCUGUAUCUCUCCGAGUUUGAAAGCUUCGCUAGUGCGUCUGUGAGCUGAUGUGUUUACAAACUGUGUGAAUCACUGCAUUUCACUGCAAGCUUGGAUUCCGUGCCAGGAGAGCCUCGUUUGACUCAUCGCCAAAAUCAACAAAUGGAAGUUGGGACAAGACCCCUCAAGCAAAAUGCUUCAACCGAAGAUAAUGUAAUUCAUUCAGCUUGCCCCAACAACACUGGGAGAAUUCUGUUUCUGUUGUUUGAAUGUUGUUGUGUCCUUUUCUCCAUUGUGAACAGCUGAAUCAGUGAUUAAUUCCAGGAGGAGAGGGCUGGUGAGAGUUUGUUGUGAUCAUUGAACAUGUUUUAGAAGCUAAUUGUUAAUUAAUGGUUUAUUUCCAUUUAAGCCUGUUCUCCCAGGAAAACAUCUUCUAACAAGGUCUUGGGCCACCAGGAUUGGAAGCUAUUGGACAUGGCAGUUUACUGUUUGUGGACGUUAACACCCAGAAACAGUCCAUAUAAAUAAGCCAUGUUUAUGACGGUAAAACAAGUUGCCAUUCUGAAGUCACGUGACACAUGUUGAGAGAAUUUCUCCUGGUUUCCAUGGUGACUGCCAUUAUUUAGUACUUUGCUCUUGAAUUGCACCUGGUUUUACCUUGACAAAUAUGGCAAACUUUAUCGCCAUGCAUCCCGGCUGUGUCCUUGAGAACCACUAAUGGUCCAUGUUGUUUUGAUAUCCUAACCGGAACAAAACUGGUGAUUAAUGCCUAAAUCCUCAACCCCGUUCUCCAAUUCACCACAACAUGCUGUAUAGUGAAUUAACCCAUCAGAAUCAUUGUGUUUGUGUUCUAGGCAGAAGAGAAGCUGUCUCUCUUGUUAAGGGCAGUGAAGACUUACCAGGACUCCACGGAGCAGGUAAGUGAUGGUGGAGCCUUUCUCAUUGAUGGGUUUAGGGGUUUGGGCUCCUAUAUAACUGUCUAGUCGUCCUUACUAGCCACAAUGUUUGGACCUGGCACUUUUUACCAUGACCCAUUCAUUCUUCAUACUGUUGGGUGACUCAUGAAAAGUUCUUCCCAGCAGUGUGAAUGAUUCUUAUGGGGCUAGUGUGAAUCCAUUUAAGGGUUCUCCAAGCAUCAUGGCCACAUCAUUGUUCUGAAAUAGUUAUGGUGCAAGGACCCUGAAUGUCUAGCAUCUCAGUUUGAAACGCUGUAUAUAAUAUUUAAUGUUGCUGCCACUGGAGUAACUCCACCUCCAGCAGGUUUCCUUAGCUCCCCAGGCUGGUUUAUGUAUAUUUUGUGCCUAUUCCAUGUAUGGAGGUUCAUUCAUUGGCCAACGCUCUCAGCCAAUGAAUGAAUGGCAGGAUUGGCAUCGGUCUUCUUCAGCCAGCAUUCCUGGGCAUGUCACUGUGGGCAAAACUGUUUGCCUGCUGUACCUGGUACAGCAGGCUGUUUGACGCACAGAGUAACCUGUGUUAAGUAGCACUGUAAACAUCACCACUAAAGCAAUUCUGCAACUUUGGAAAUAAUGAAUUGUCUGAAAGUGCCAGCUAUCUCUAAAUGCAAUUCCCCAGAAACUCCCCAUGCAGACCCUGUGCUUAUUAUGAGGAGAUACAGUGUAUUUCUAUAAACCAGACAUCAAUAACUUUUUUUUCUUUUCGAAUAAAAGAAGCUAAUGCUGAACCCAAUGAUAACAAUGGCUUAUGUCCAUCCUUAACCCUUUACAUGCCGAGUUAUGUUUGUCAUAUAAUCUGUUUAUUAAAUCCAGCUUGGCCAUUCUCAUUUUACGUUGCAUCAAAUCUCACUCAUAAUGAAAACACCUUUUGUUUAAUGGAUCAUGUGAUAUGACCAGCAAGAUGUGGUGUUGCAAACAAAACAUAAAAAUCUGAUCACAAAUAUUUGCCUAGUUUGAUACUAUGUUAAUAUAGAACUAAAAAAUAGAAUUGUAUUCUCUAACCGUUAAAUCUAUUUUUAAAAGUCACAUUUUGUUAAUAUUUGAAGCCAAGACAUGACUGUUUUGGGUCUGAAUGUGCCUUAGCCUUUAUAAUGGGCCAAUGUUUUGCAGGUGUUACAGGGACAGUCAGUAGAUGGCGCUCUCCUGGCUAUGAAGAUGCUGUGUAUUUCCUCUGGAGUUGCUCUCCCAUCCAUCCUGAUGGACACAUCCUAUGCGGUCUCUACUCAUUGGAAGCUAUUCACAGGGCAGGUGUGUAUCUGUGUACGUGCAAUAUGCAAAUAACAACCAGAGCUGCUAAUGGUUCUAAGAAAUCCAUCUGGGUGUAAUUUAUCCAGUAAUUAUGUGAAUAGAAGAAAAUGUUCAGAUGAUUUCACGGAUCUUGUACUCAAUACUUCUAAAUGGGAAAAAAUAAAAAUGUAAUGUGUUGGGAAUUCUGCAUUUCUUUACUCUACCUGCCAUGAAUUUCUCUUUUGUUAAGAAUUUCUCAUUUAACUAAUGUUUACCUUGAGGUUUCUGAUUUCUAAGCCAUAACCGGCACUAUGCUGACGAGCCCCAAAAGGGUGAAACGGUGCAGCGAAACGCUCAACGUUAAUUCAUUUUUGUUUCAAUCUGUGUAUUUAUAUAAAGAACUGAAUUAGAAUAUAGGUCAUCACAAGGGGAGCCUAUAGAAAUAUGUGUUGGAAAUCUGUACAGAUGAAUGUUGUCUUUCCUCAUUUGCAUAUUUUGAGUUGAAUUCCAGGAGUGCGGUGGAAACACAAUAUUGCUCAGAUCUACUUUGUGUGAAUUUUGUUUCUUUAAGAUAUGCAGAUAUUGUACAGCAGUGUGUUCGACUGAUUGUUUUUUUAAAUCAGUGAAGGUUUUUAAAAAAAAAAAAAUUAUAAUUUUUGUCGCAGUAACUUUAAUCAUCUUUAGAAUGUAUUCAUAUGUAGCCGUUGUAACGCUGCUAUUAAAACGCCGCAAAUUUUUCACCUCGUAGCGAUAAUAUUAAUACUUUCCUCCUUCAGGUGUCUUCUCCUAUGGAUUGUGUAAUGUGCUAUGGACCUUUGGUUCCGGAUGGUUACAGCGUUUGCUUUGCGCCUUCUGAAGACAAUAUCACAGUUUGUGUGUCCGCCUUUGAUUGCUGUCAAGAGACUGAUGCCCAGAGACUAUCAGACUUUUUCCAGGUGGCUCUAAGAGAUAUGCAUGCUCUCAUCCUGGAGUGCCGACCUGGGGAAGGCUAAGCCGAAGGUCUUUCUACAAGGAGAUGUUCCUCUCUGAGAGAGGAUGUCUCUGACUGCUAGGAUGUAUUUUUCCGUAUUUGUCUCUCAAUUAAAAAAAAAAAAAAAAAAGCUGAGGGAUGUGUACUGUGGUGACAGCUUACCAAAGGAACGGACUCCAAAAUUAGAAAUAAAACAAUGUAACAAAUGAUUUAUUCCAAUAUCGUUGGUUUUGUUUCCCUUAUCUAAUUGCUAUUUACUAGAUGGUGGGAUUAAAAGAAGGGUAAACAUAGAGAGGAGCCUAAAGGUUGGUGAAAGGAAAGAUAGGUUGUCAAAAUGCAAAAUUCAGGGGAAAGAAAAAAGUUAGAUGAAACAAUAACUAAGACACAGUAAGUUGGUGAGAAAAAACAAAGGGGUUAAAAGAGAAAAAUAAGUUGAAGGAAAGAAAGUGUGGACGGGGCUAUAAGGUUUGAUUGUGAAAUUAAAACUAUUAUAACCGUAUAAUAGUGUGAUGGGAUAUGCGUGAUGCUGUUUUAGAAGACAUUCCUGUUCUCAAAAGACCACAUUUUCAUUUGUCCAUCUUUUUUGCAAUGUUUUGAAUGUAAUAAUAAAAAGACUGCAGCAGCUUCUUCUUUUAUAA